UGGCCCAAGAAGCAGCACGCGAGCCUUUUUAGCUCAGCUUAAAAUGGCUCCUUUCACACUCCCAUUUCGUCCCUCUGGCUAGAGGUUGAAGAAAACACAGAGAGAGAGAGGAGAUUCAGAGAGGUGAGGAAGAGGCUCUCCGCUGGAGGGCCACAAUUUCCCCAAGAGAAUCAGCUCCAAAAAAAAGCACAGACACCCCUCAAAGAAGCUACUCUCUGACGGCCUCAGUGAGUGCCCCAAAAACUUUUUCUGCUUGUUUGUUCAUUUUUCUCUCUUCCUCUCUCUACGCCGAGAAGAAAGCUCAAAAGGGGGGUUUAGUAGAGGGAUUUAUGACUUCUGAGUUUCAUCUGUCCUCUGGAGCUUUGAAGCAGCUCUGGUUUUCUUCUUCUUCUUCUCUGUUCUCCACACUUCACAUGCAAUUUGGUUCUCAACAAUAUCAAAGUUUUCGACCCUUUUUCAUGCAAUUGAGAUCAAGUCGGUCUUGUUCUGGAGUGAAGGGGUUUCAAGCAUCUAUCAGAAGUCAUAUUCUCUUCUCAAUUUUGGUUAAUUUUUGUUUCAGGGUUUUGGGUUUUCCGUGACAUUAAGAUCGUUACAACUUCCUCUGUUCUCCAUUUCUCAAUCCUCCUCCACGCUCUCAAAUAUUCAUCCUCUUUUCUAAAACAAGUUUUGCCCUCGCUUAUUUAUUCAUUGGAGCCAAGAAUUUAAGCUCAAAAUGCCUGGCUUCCGCGAGCAAUUUCCAAUUCGAGAUGUGUAUGGUAAAGAAGGGAAGAAAAUUAAGCAACUAAACCAAGGAAAGUCCAAUUCUGUGAGGAAAAUUCGUGUAGUGUUUCAUGAUCCUGAUGCCACAGACUGCUCAAGUGAAGAAGAUGAACUUUUCAAUAAAGAGGCUAAAAAGAUCGGUGGUAAGCGCUUCAUUUGGGAGAUACCGUUUUCAGACAUCCGCCAUAAGCCAUCCAAGGAGAGCUCGCACAAAGAAAAUGGUGGAGGCAAAAUCAGAAUCAAGACUGAAGUAAAAGGGAGCAGUAGAACACAGAGAUCGUCGUCGAUGUAUAAAGGCGUUCGACGGAGGAAAUGGGGGAAAUAUGCAGCAGAGAUUCGAGAUCCAUUUCGUGGUCGAAGAUUGUGGCUCGGCACUUAUAACACUGCAGAAGAAGCUGCUGUUGCUUAUCAGAGAAAGAAGUGCGAGUUCGAAAGUAUGCAAUCAAAGGACAACAGUGAGCUUUGCGGAGAGAAAUCCGAGGAGGAGAAGAAGAGCGGGUCAAUUGUUGAUGCCUCAGCUGAAUCAGAAGAAAUUAUAGCUUUGUUUUCCCAUCCUUCACCAUCAUCUGUACUUGAUGUGUGUGCUGGAAGUUUAUGCAGCAAUGAACUCAAGAAUGUAGUUCAAGAAUGCAAUGUGGAUCAAACUGUGGCAUAUUCAAUCAAAGAAGAAUAUAAGGUCUACGAAGACGAACAGUCCAUUUCAGACAUCCUGGAAGAUACAUCGAUACCAUUACCGAUACCACCAUUAGAUGCUCGGGAGCUGGAUUUUCAAGGUCUUGAUGACAGUUCAUUGAUCUGCAACGAUUUUGAUCAGUUAUCUGAUGAUAUGAACUACAUAGACGAUUAUACUCUAUACAACAUCGAAAACAGUCUUGGGGCACUUGAUCUUCCUCCAAUGGACAUAGAUUUCGACAAGGAGUUUUCUUGGUUCGACGAGACGUUGAGCAGUAUAUCAUGCAUGUAAGUUAAGUUUUGCAGUUAGGAGAUAGUUAGUAGGCACUGAGAGCAGUAAAAAAAAUUGUUUUGGGUGAGUCUGGUCUUGAAAUAGAGCCAUUGUGAGGAUGCAAUCUGUGAUAAUGUUUUUGGUAGAGGGAGAGUUCUUGGGUUUUUCUCUGUGCUUUUAGAGCCGUCCAAGAUAUUUUUUUCAACUCUCAUUUGUACUGCUAAGUUACAUAAUUAUUAUCAAUGCAAGUCUGAUAAGUUUUGCCUA